AUGAAUGGACAUGAAUUCCCAAGUGGUAGUAAUACAGGUAGUAGUAAUUCUAGUACUAAUAAUGGUAUUAUAAAUCAUGACCAACGACAACAACAACAACCUCGUUUUAUCGCAUCACCAACAACAAAUUUCGAAUUUCGUCCUUCCUCUAAGGAAAACGGAAAAAAUUUGAAAGUUAGCAGAAGUAAAUCACCUGGGGCAUUUAUCGAGCGUUUAUCCAGUUUUGCUCGGGGCAAAUAUCGUAGUAGCUUAUCAGAGCGUCCUACUCAGUCCCGAAACUUUGAUGAACGACCACGAAGGGAUUUACAAAGAGAUCUGCAAAGGUGUCGUGAUAAUGCAGAAAUGAGAUUGGAUUUGAGUUCUUCUGAUAUCAUCAGUAUUCCAUCAUCCAUUCGUGAUUUGGUUCAGUUAACCGAACUUUUCUUGUAUAAGAAUAAAUUAACUGUAUUACCAAAUGAAAUUGGUAACUUAGUUAAUUUGAAAAAGUUGGGUUUAAGUGAAAAUGGUCUCACAUCAUUGCCAGACACACUUGCAUCACUUACUCAGCUUGAAACACUUGAUUUACGUCAUAAUAAAUUGUGUGAGUUGCCAUCAGUGAUCUACCAAAUUAUUUCAUUGGAAACUUUAUGGCUUCGUUAUAAUCGUAUUAUUUCUAUUGGUUCAGAAAUUGGUUGUUUGAAACGAUUGAAAAUGAUUGAUUUACGGGAAAACAAAAUACGCGAAUUACCUCCAACGAUUGGACAAAUUAAAUCGCUUAUCGUGUGCCUGCUCAGUUAUAAUCAUUUAAAAACUGUUCCUGAAGAGAUUGGUGAAUGCUCCGAGCUUACACAGUUGGAUUUACAACACAAUGAUCUCAUUUCAUUACCGCAGUCUAUGGGUAAACUACAAAAUUUGGUUCGGUUAGGCAUACGGUACAAUAAAUUACGACAUUUACCUUCUGGAAUGGCAUUUUGUCAUAAAUUAGAAGAAUUUAUUGUGGAAAGUAAUCAGUUAGAAGUUUUACCGGAGGGUAUGCUUGCUUCACUGCCCAAUUUGAAGACUGUUAAUUUAAGCCGAAAUGAGUUGACAAUGUUUCCGUCUGGUGGACCUCAGCAGUUUUCAGUAAAUAUGGAACACAAUUCAAUAGCAAAGAUUCCGUUUGGUAUAUUCUCUAAGGCAGUUGGCUUAACGAAGCUUAAUUUAAAAGAAAAUGCGCUUACAUCGAUGCCACUUGAUAUGGGUUGUUGGGCAGCAAUGGCUGAGUUAAAUUUAUCAACAAAUCAACUGCGAGUGCUUCCUGAUGAUAUUGAUAAGCUUGUCAAUUUAGAAGUCCUCAUAAUGAGUAACAAUAUGCUUAAAAAACUCCCAUCACAAAUUGGAUGUUUGAAGAAGCUUCGCGAAUUAGAUCUGGAGGAAAAUGAAUUAGAUACUAUACCUAAUGAAAUCGGCUUUGUGACGAGUUUAACAAAGCUUUGGGUACAGUCUAAUAAAUUGGUUGGCUUACCUCGAACAAUUGGGAACUUGACUAAUCUAACUGAUUUACGGGCUGGAGAAAACAGUCUAACAUCACUACCAGAGGAGAUCGGCAAUUUGGAUUCGUUAAAAAGUCUGUAUAUCAAUGAUAAUCCAUCUCUUCAUAAUUUACCCUUUGAACUUGCGCUUUGUGCAUCACUUGAAAUUAUGUCAAUAGAAAAUUGUCCAUUAUCACAAAUUCCUCCUGAGAUUACUGCUGGUGGUCCUUCGCUUGUUAUCCAGUACUUGAAAAUGCAAGGUCCAUACAGAGUAAUGAACUUGUGA